AUGUUGGAAUGUGGGGGGUGUUAUGUGGAUGUGUUGUGGUGUGUAGUGGUGGAGAAGUUGUUGGGGAUGUUGGUGGUUGGAUUUGGGGGUGGUGAUGUGGUGAUUUGGUGGGGGGUAAUGUGGGGAUUAGAGAUGUUGUGGGAUUUGGUUGAGGAGGGUAUUGGUGGUGUGGGGGGGUGGGGGUUGGGGUGGUGUGUAAUGGAGGGGGGGGGGGAGAUUUGUAGAGAUGUGUUGGUGGAUGAUGGGGACUUUAUGGGGGGGGGUUUGGAUGAUGGGGGGGUGGGGUUGGUAGUAGUGGAUGAGGGAGGGGGGGGGGAUAUGGAUUGGAGGUUUGGGGUUUUAGGGGGGGGGGGGUUGUGGGGUUGGGGGUAA